UUAUUUUAUUUUGAAUCAUAUUACAACGGCAAGAACUACGUUUCGAGAAGAGUGGCUCCGCGACUCUGUUCUUCUAGGGUUUUCAGAGUUAGAUUGUCCAAAACUUUCCUGGGAUCAGAUUUUGCCAGGCGCAAUGUUAGCUUUUGGCUUUGCUAUUUAAGUAUUAUGACCAGAUUGUAUUGUCUUCACCACAGGCAGCCGGGAAGGAAUUGAGAUUUGGCGGCUUCUUUGAGUAUCUUUAGCCUCAGUUUUGUGCACAUACCUCUUCUCAGCUUAGUUGCCCCAUUAUUCAUCACUUCUGCUUUGAGCGUCUUAUGUUCAAGCAUUUUUCCUCUGUUUUGUUCUUGUACAGAUCCCUCAUCCAUCUGUUUGUUGGUCGCUUAAGAUUUAGACAUCCUACAGCUUACAGUCAAACGCUUUUAAAGCAGCAGCAUUAAUUCAGCGAGUUCUGAUUGGACGCGGCUAUUUUAUUUUUGGUAUUGCUUUAUUGUGUUAUAUUGCUACCUGGCUGUGCUUCACUAAUUUCACACGGUUGUCCGUGAUGCCUGCGCAAGUUUGAAUUUUGAAAACAUUUCUGAUUUAGAGAGGUCACCGGUGGCGCCUAAUUUGUCACAGGAAUUGAUUGUGAAAAACUAUCGUAAUCAUAAAUCAGAUACUAAUGGAUCAUGCAUUGUGGGACCAUCUGCCACAGUUACUAAGAGCCAAGUCGAAGGAAUCGAUAGAACAUAUCCUUCAAGCUCUGUGGAGGACCCGCAAAACAGGCCUUGAAGCACCUGAGAAAUCAUAUAUUCAAGACCUCCUUCAGCUACCCAACCACAACGACUUGGAUCCUCUUUUGGUGUGCCUACGUAUAUUGAUCAGAAGGUGUGUUUAUGAGAACUUCAAUAAAGAAGAGAUACAAAAGCUGUUCCCACCGGAGGUUCCCCCCGAGUUGCAGAGAUUACUUGUUAUAUUAUUGCAGAAGUUCCAAAGAGACUGGAGAGAGGAUGCAGUUAAAGAUCAGGUAUCUUUACCUCGUUUGAAGGCCAUGACAUGGAGCAUGGAGAAUCAGAGUACAACACCUACAAAUCGUAUGGCUGUAAUUAACUUGAAGCUUCAGGAGAAUACAGAGUCUUCAUCUGGAGAGACAGAUGUCAAGUUCCAAAUAACGAAAGAUACUCUGGAGGCCAUGCUGAGGUCUAUGUAUUUCAUAAGAGACCAACUUUCCAAUGUUGGUGCAGCCUCGAGUGGCCAGGCACUAAGGAAGGGACAAAAAUAAUGAUCGGCUUUCCUGCAACUUUUAGAAGUAGGGAAUUUAAUUAAUGCUACUUCUGACUUAAGGCCAUCUUUAAAAGCUAAUGGACAGAGAAGAAUAUUUAAUGGAUUCACUAAAUUCUCAAAUACAAAUGGGUGCAACUUGCAAUUCGGUGCCAAUAAAUGAAGGGAUGGUUUUGAUGGAUCAACAAAGGAAUAUCAGAAAGGAAAUGCUAAUUACAUUAGCUAAGCAAUUUCUUAUAUGUAUUUUAGCUUGUAUAUAGAGAAUAUAAUAGGAAUAACAUAUGAUUGUAAUUAUUUAUUGUCACAAGGUAUGCAUUCUGUCUUAUUGGCAAGAAAAACAUAUCAUGGUAAGUUGGUCUUUAACAAAUCUCUACAAUUCAGUAACCCAUUUUUUCAUCUCUACUUAGACCUUGGCUUAUUACACAACACACAUAUCCUCCUUAUACUGUUUGAAGACAGUUCUACAGUACAGUGCAUUAAGACAGCUUUUAUAAGGUUUGUUCCAAUUUUAUGCAAGUUGGAUAACUUGUCCGCUUGGCCUGUUACAUACACUGUACUACAAGAUUGUUUUGUUUUCAGAAUUAAGCUUAAAUACUUUAAAUGGAUGGAUUGAUAUAAAUUAA